AUGCACGCUGCGGUCGACUGCACCGGUGCAGCUACAGCCGGUUGGCACGUCGUUGAGACCAGCCGGCGACCGAGCUACCAGACAGGCUCGCAGGCUCUGCUCAUCCAGCUGGGUAAGGGAGCACGGGAGGUACUUGGCGGUGCAGCAAGGAGGCUUGGUCGGCUGGGGAGGUAUGUCACUGACCGAUCCGAACCACCCCCGCGACCCGAUGCUCACAUUUAA